GUACCACGAAACCGCGGUCGGCGGACGGUCGGUUUUGUGCGCGCGCGCCGCCAGUGCUACCGGGCUCAGUACAACGCGUACACGUCGCGACAAACAAACACACAAGCAAACAUGAGGAGUAGUGCACAGUUCGCGUAUCUAUUUGCCUGCGUGGCUUACGCAAGCGCCGGCAUCCUGUUGGAACAUGCACCGGCGUGUCCUGAACAAUAUGGAGUUCAGGCGUACGCGCAUCCCGAGCUUUGUGACCAGUUCUUCUUAUGCACGAACGGCACGCUGACGGUGGAGACCUGCGAGAAUGGUUUGCUGUUCGAUGGCAAGGGCGCCGUGCACAACCACUGCAACUACCACUGGGCUGUCGACUGUGGACACAGGAAGGCUGAUCUGGUGCCUCUCUCCUCUCCCGGCUGCGAAUACCAGUUCGGCAUCUACCCGGACAGCGCUGAGUGCUCCACCAGCUACAUCAAGUGCGCGUACGGCAUCCCGGAACAGGAGCCUUGCACACCAGGCCUCGUGUACGAUGAACGUAUCCACGGAUGCAACUGGCCUGAUCUGCUACAGCCUUUCUGUAACCCUGAAGCUGUCGUCGGCUUCAAAUGCCCAACCAAAGUGCCAGCCAACACCCAGUCGGCGAAAUUCUGGCCGUUCCCCCGCUUCCCUGUCCCCGGAGACUGCCACAGGCUGAUCACCUGCGUGGAGGGCCACCCUCGCCUCAUCUCCUGCGGCGAAGGCAAGGUCUUCGACGACCAGAGCCUGACCUGCGAGGACCCUGAACUGGUCCCCCACUGCGGCCACGCGUGAUUCCAACAACCACACGUAUCAUAAGACGAAAACGAAGUUCAACGAAUUUGUAAUUUAUUACUGUAUCCUUUAACCAAGUAACAUUUGAUAACAAACAAUAAAGUUGUUAAAAAAACGCUUCGAUGUAUGAAUUUGACAGCUAUAAGUCACGUGACUAGUAAAUGUCAUUUCCAUACAAUUGAUUGUCUUCCAUUAUUGCUAACGAUUGUAGAAUUGUUACUUGGUUAGAGGGGCCAUUAACAUUGUAAAAACAGAUCUAUGUUGCCAAUUGAUUUAAUGACCGAACUAUAAUUUACUGCAGUUAGCUAACUGCUUCUGGUUUCGUUUGCUACACUUUUUUUACAAGCAAUUUCAUACGUUACAAAAUAGAUGUGUUAAGCUUUCCCAAUACCAUGCCAUGUUUAACGAUUCCUGACAAACAAACGUUUUUGUUUUGUGAUGCCUACUUUAUAUUAAUUUAAUUUCACUGAAUAAUUGGAAAAUAUUUCCACCGAGUCCUAUUUAUUCCUGUUACCUAACUUUGUGUGAAUUCUUUCAUGUUCUAAACACAUUUAGCGAAUAAUUUGCCAAAUACAGUUGAUUCGUGAGUGAUAUUAGUUACCAUAGACAUAUAUAUUGUUACCUAUAGAAUUGUCAGAUUAUGUAUUUUUCAUAUAGAUAUUUUUCUGUAAAUAUUGCUGCUGAAAUAGUGGAAAUGUAAAUAGAAAGUUAUGAGAGAAGAUAAAAUAUAUUUAAUUAAUUAAUA